GUGAGUCCUCACUUCCUACAUCACUGGUAACUGGGCUUGUGGGCUACAGGACAUGGUUAUUUGCUACCACUUUGUAUCUAGUUUGACCGGCGAGUGACGCGUACAAACGUGGAAUACUAUGCAAUAACUGUGAGGAAACAGCAUCCAAUGUUUGUUGUCCCAAUACAAUUCUAAAUGGGGGACCGGAUCGCUCCAGAGUGUGUCUGACAGUGACAGCGCGGUGUUUUCUUACCAGCAUGCACUGAAUGGGACUGGACAUUUUAGGAAAUACAAGCGUUUAAUUUUAAUGCUCUAACUGGAAUCGAGGAAACCCAACGAGAUGAGCGGGGGAGAAAUUGUAUGCCAAGGUUGGCUUAGAAAAUCUCCUCCAGAGAAAAAAUUAAGACGAUAUGCCUGGAAGAAGCGCUGGUUUAUCCUUCGCAGUGGGAGGAUGAGUGGGGACCCGGAUGUUGUGGAGUACUACAAGAAUGACCACUCCAAGAAGCCCAUCCGCGUAAUCGAUCUGCACUGCUGUGAGCAGGUCGAUGCUGGACUCACCUUCAAGAGGAAGGAGUUCCAGGACAGCUUCGUCUUCGACAUCAAGACCUCGGGUCGCACCUUCUACCUGGUGGCUGAGACCGAGGAGGAGAUGAACAAGUGGGUUCGCAACAUCUGCCAGCUCUGUGGCUUCAACCAAUCAGAGGAGAACCAAGAUGGAGGGAGGCCAGUGGUAUCUGCUACUCAUGGGCCCCAACCAAUGGCAUCAGAACUGAGUGGAUCCAUGGCCCCUCUGAUUGGAGACAGGAGGUCCUCCGCUCCCUCCCACUCCAGCCAGCCCCUCCUUUUCACCUUUGACAUGCCCACUCCACGCCACACCCAUGGCAAAUUGUCCAACAGCGCCCCUCAGGACUACCUCUUUCUGCACCAGUGCCUGAGUAGGAAGACUGAGAGUUCACGGAGCAGCAGCUUCUCUCAGGUGACACGCAGUAACCCGCUGGUUGGCAGCGAUUCGCCCAUGCAGAGGCUUCCCCAUGGCUUUGCGCACUGCCUGAAUGGCCUGGGGGCUCAGCUGCACGGGUUCUACAGCCUGCCCAAGCCGGGCAAGCAUCCGCUCUCGUCCCGCGCCGACUGGCCCCGCGAAGCCUGUUACGACCACCCCCGGGCCCAGGGCCGGGACAGAGCCUCUCGCGCGAGCCAGGCUGAGCGUGCAGCGGAGCCAGAGGAGGUGUACAUCUUCAAGACCCCCAGCAAUGCCCUAGCAACCACCGACCGCAUACCUGACAACUACGACAUCCCUCCUGCACCCGGCUCCUUCUACCAGACCCCCCGCAGCUUCGACAAGAACCACAACUCCGUGGAGCCCGCGGCAGCGCCUGAUUCCCCAGGAAUGCCCCCUCCCCGGCCCCCCAAACCCAGCCCUACCCCAGAGCAGGGCUGGGCUGGCUCGUACUCUCUGGGGGCGUGUAACAACGGGGAGACUGCCCCCGUCGCCGUCAUCCCUCGCCGAAACACCCUGCCUGCUGUGGAGAACAUCCGGCUACACCGCAGUAAUGGAUCAUUCGAGACCAACAAUCAUCACCGGCAGACCUUUCUCAACAACUCAGGGCAGUCAGUGGAGUCUGUCAAUGAUGGGUUCAGUUCCUACCUGAGAAAGAGGGCCCCCCUGACAAACUCAGACGGCGGCAACUCAGAGGAUAACUACGUACCCAUGAACCCUGGCUCGUCCCCUUCGCCCUUCAGCGCUGCCCUGGGGGACAGUCCGCAGAACAACUACAUUCCCAUGAGCCCCGGCCCACACCACUUUGACUUCCCAGGGUUCUCCGCCACGCUGCCUGCCCGCAGAGGAAGCUCUGCCUCCCUCUGUCACCGGCCCGUCCGCCUCAGCGAUGUCACCCCUCCGCCAAUCAACCGCAACCUCAAACCCGACAGGAAGUCUAAGCAGACACCCCUAGAGCAACGAACCAAUGGCAUCAUUGACGAACUGCCAUUCAAAAGCCCUGUCACCACAUCCUGGAUAAGACCCAUGUCUGUCAUGAACUCCCUGGCCUCACAGCACAGCCGGCCCUUAUCCACCCAGAGCAUCACCAGCACCGACUCCGCCGACAGCGAGGAGAACUAUGUUUCCAUGCAAAACCCAGCAUCUACCUCGCCAGCAGUGAGCAGCACAAGCAGUCCUGCCCCCAGGAAGUGCAGGAACGUGGACUACCUGGCCCUGGACUUCCAGCCUGGUUCCCCAAGCCCUCACAGAAAGCCCUCCACCUCCUCUAUGACCUCAGAUGAGAAGGUGGACUACGUCCAGGUGGACAAAGAGAAGACACGGGCUCUCCAGAACACCAUGCAGGAGUGGACGGACGUCCGCCAGUCAUCCGAGCCCACAAAGGGACUCAAGUCCUGACAGGACGGUGAGAGAGGGGGAGGCAGGGUAUGGGUGUCACCGUGGUCACUCCCCUAAACCCAUACCCUUGAACACACCCCUGGUGUCACACUCGAUCUUUUGGCAAAGCCUUAUAGUAACCCAGUUGACAGCAGUGCGCUUUUACACCCAGUAGGGAGAAACAAGUCACAAAGCCAUAGCAAGCCAUGUCUGUUCUCAACCCAAUGGGAACCUACUUUGAGUGGUGUCCAAGCAAUGCCUCAUUGGCAGGCUGAGAUAUACGUGUGUACAUGUAGCUCUUUUGAUUGUAGGUGCUAUGCUGGAGAGGGCCCAGCUGUCAUAGGCCAGCCACAGAAUGUCUCCCUCCCAUGUAUUGGAAAGUCUCCUUCCUCUACUGCAAUGUGUUCAGCAUGUACAGAGGGAGACUUGCAGCUUCCCUGGCUUUGAACAUGGCAUUCAGUACAAUCCAGUCCAGCUAGUGCAGCUCCUGAAGACUAUUUAUUGUUCUUGUACCAACGAUGAGGAAAAAGAGCGUCAGUAUGAUUCAAAUCUUUUGGUUUGAUUUGACUCUUGUGGGCAUGGGGGGGGAUGUUGGAUUUUCAAGAGAAAAUGGCUAUCAUCACUGAAACAUGGCGUUGAGGUGAAACAAGUAUGUGAAGAAAAACUGCAUUUUACUGUGAGAAAAAGCCACUCAGUUCAGCUCCCUCCAUGGGAUUUUUUAAAAAUAUAUAUUUUUUCUGCAGUUGUCCAAGUCUGGGAAAGAGGAAAAAGCCUUAUAAUGAUACUUUUUUAUUACAGCCUUAGCCAUAAUCUUCAGGUUUCUGAUGUAUGUAAGUUGUAGGAGGGACGAAAGAAUGAGAAACCAACUGUAGGAGCAUUUUGCAUGAGGUAAAAUGCUCAUAUCAACAGCCUUUCUUGUUCUUUUUGAUGAUUUUCUGCCUGGAUUCUUUGUCAAACUGAGGCUAAGGGCUCUAAAAACCUUUCUGUCUUUCAACUUUUCAUUGUUUUCAUCUGAAGAGAUGCUUCAAGGGAAAGUAUUGGUAUUUUACCUUAUAACUCCAAUUUAACACACACACACCACACACACAUUCACACAUACACAUAUAUAUAUUCUGAGCUUUAAAUGUGUUUAUGUUGCUAAGGAAAUAGUCAGCUGAGUAUUUGAAAAUAAGGGUGCAUUCACACAGUCCAUUUGAAUCGAACCCAGGAGCAUUUACCCCCCUUGGUUUGAAUCAUUUGGGGUGGUGUGAACGCCUUAAUCAAAACCUGGUGUGGACCAAACAACCGCUUUCUUGUCAAACUCGGUCCGCUUCAGUGAACUCUGGAGUAGUUAAUUCCAUUAGAACCAAUCACAGGAAGCUUACCACGUAGCCUGCAUGUUAUUGAUUAAAAACAACAUUUUCACUUCCUCUUUUGGUGACUGGUGACACUAGCACUGCAUAGCUAGCUAUCAUGGCAGGAAGGGGACAGACCUGGGCCCUGUUUCACGAAGCAGAAUUAAUGAGUUAACUGGAUAAUUGCACUGAGUGAAACCCAGAACCCUCCCAAUUGUACUGAAAUAAAAAGAGCUGUUCCACAGUUCAGUUAUCCAGCUAACUCAGUAAUCCUUCUUUGUGAAGUGACAUUCGUCAUGGUAGGAUCUUAUCAGGCUUCUGCGAUAUCGUCCGAUUGCAGAGUGUCUUUCUUGGAAUGCGGGUAUUAUGAAAUUAUUUAAUAUGCGCAUUCUCGACAGAUGUUCAUAUGCGUGGUCCUUUUCUGCUGAUAGGGGCUCCAAAUCAACACCAACAUGAAAAUAACCUGAUGGUGCUCCAUGAUGAUAUACAGUAUGCAUGUAGUAUGUAGUAUAGGCAGAAAUUGUGAGGGUUUCGUUGUAUUUUUACCCACUAAAUAUCUGACCAGUAAUCAAACGACAUUUCCAACCACAUGGCUUUGUUUAGUUCUGGACUGUUUGUGUUUGAUUUUUUGCCUUUGUGAAAGCAAACCAAACCAAUUGAAAAACCAAUCAAUGUAUCAUUAUCGCAUUAGGUUUGAUUAAGGAAACAAACCUUUUGGUUGUGAAAGUGCCCUAAAGCUCUGCAUUGUGUGCAUUGUGAUGUGCACAGCACACACAUACUUUGCUUAUUUACAUUUUUUUUUUACAUUUUAAUAUUUAAAAGUGCUUGGUAUUUCCAACCAGAUACAUUCCAUGAGUUGUGUUUUUAUCAUAGAUCGACUCUGUGCCUUUUCAUUUGUGUUACUAUAUGGGGUCCAGCUUUUAGAAGGGAUGGUAUUCUUACUCAGUUCCUCUACUGGCAUCAAUCCAUAAGACCAAUUUCAGCAACAGAUAACUCACAGACUGGGUCAUUCCACAGUUCUGUUGAAGCUGUUGGUGAUCGUGUCCUAGUCACCAAGAAAACUGGAAAAUGUCAGGGAAAGAGUAACUUUGCACUUGCUUAGCGACUAUACUCACUCAGAUCUACUCCCCAUGUCUAUUUAUAUCCACAGUACCGCUGUGUCAUUGCUAAGAUCGUGAGAAAGAUACAUGUAGUGAUGGGAAGAAGUAUUUCCUCACAUUUUCACAUUUACACAAAUUGUAUAUAAGACACAUUAUAAUAAUUUUUAUAAAGAUCAGAGACUAACGACAACUUUAGACUUACUGGUUACUAUAUAUGUUAAAUAUAAUAGGACCACAUUAUAAAAAGUGGGGGGGGUGGAUCUAUAUGGGGUUGGCCAACAGCUAAGGAAGCAGUGGAACUGCCCGGGGGGUGGGGAGACAUAAUAAUUCAGGUAUUCACCAAAUCACAAUGCAGUAUCUUUUUGUAACAGGACAGCCAUUAUGUUUUCUUUAAAAUGUGUGUUUUUGUUAUUUAGAAAGCUUUUUCAGGUUUUGGCCAGGAGAUUUAAGGGUGUGAAUUGUUUAGCAUUUGUUGUCAGAUGUUUUUUCUUUUUUUCCUGUUUACAGUAACUGAAAAGCACUUUUACUACCGGUAAUUUUGUAUGUGUGUUCAUAAUACCGAAAUGAAAUUAGCCAUCAAAUUGCUACUUGCAGUUGACAACUUCUGUUUAAAAGGUAUGAGACGAAUUGAAAAUCAAAAGAAAUGUAGGACCUGGUACAGAUAUAAAGAACAUUCUACAUUCAAAGUGCCCUCCACCUGAAUUCAUAUAAUUCAAAUGAGCCUAAACAGCAUGAAGCUUAACAACACUUAACAAAACAUUUGUCUAUUUUCAUGAAUGAACAAAAGUGAAAGUGGGUUUUAAAUAAUGGGAAACAACAUCAUGUUUUGCUAAUUUAAUAUUUUGACAACCCACCCUUUACAGAAAAAAAAUCCAAUAAAUGGCAUUCUUGAUUUGUCAUCUUUUUCCCCAAUUGAAAGCAAUAUUAACAUUUCCUUAACUAGAGAUAAGACAAGAGAUAAUACUGACAUAAUUUUUUAAUGGGAUAGUGUUACUUGUUAUGUAUCAGUUGCACUGAGAAAUGUUUUGAAUUUGAACAUCAUUUGUUGCCAAUUUGGUCUCAUUUGAAUGCAUACAAAUAUAGCCAAAAGAUUGAUUGUUUUGAAAAAAUGACAAUAUAGUGUUAGGUAUUAAAAUAUAUUUGGAGUGGCUCCAUAUAUUGUAUUAUCCAAUGUAAAAUGGUAUAUUUGUUCAAUUGCUGUGUAAUGCUGGCAAAAAUGCUGUAUAAGGGCAGAUGAUACAGCAAUGCUUUCUUGGUUCGGUAUGGAAAUGAAUAUUUUACAGAACCAUGGAAGAAUUUCAAAUCAGUGCCCAGGUUAUUGAAAUUCAUUAUUUAUUAAAUGGUAACAGAAUAUAUAAAAUGUUAAAUGUUUUAAAUGAUUAUGAAGGUCUCCUGUCACAGAAUUGCCAGGAAAAUAACCUGAAGUAACAGUGCUCUAAUGCAAAUGAGAUAUAUAAGCAAAAAUACAGCAGAAAGUUGGGAUUACCGGGGUCCAAGAACCGCAAGUAGCAAUUUGAAAACACAGUCAUUAGACUGUGUUUUCAAAUUAGCAUGAUAGCAUGCACUGACUUUAAAUAUCUCAGAUAUCUCAGAGAUGAUGGACCACCAGUUCCCUUAAAUUUAAAUUAGAAUUAUACCUGAUUCAGUGAUCAACUUUCUCAGUUGUCACAUACAGUAUAUGUGUGCCCCAAGGGACGCCACGAUUAAUUACUACUAACUUUCUUUUUUUCUUAAUUUUGGCCACAAUGGCUGUUCUUUUGAAACUUGGCAGCAAUAGUGAGUAUGUUUGAAUGGUUCCUCAGCAAUUUCUUUUUAUUUAUUUUUUAAUAUUUAAACUCUGGCUCAAGUUGACCCAGUGACUUGACCAGCCAGUGACAAAAUAUUCUGACAUUAUAAGCUGUCUGUUUAAUGAUAAUGUCUACCAUAUUGAAUUUUCUUCCAUUUUUGAAUUUUCUGAAAAACACUUAACAUGCUUCUUUUCCUACAUAAAUUGACCAAAUUGCAUUAAAUAUUUCUAGGUUGAAUGACAAGUCAAUGAACUUAGGGCAUGUCUUAAGACAAUGUUUGGAAUUCCAAAUUAACUUCAAUUUAAAGAAUCAAAUUUGGGAUAUAUAUUCACGCUAGCAUCCAGCCAUCCAACAAGUUCUACCAUGUUUGGUAAGGCUCAGACAUCAGAUAAAAUUUAUGUAAAUUUGAGGUAAAUGGGCUGAAGAAAAAAGAAUCAGAACAAAAACCAUAGGGUUCUAGUACCUGCAGGGCUUGGACCCCUAAUAAAAAGUAAUAUACGUGCAAACACAAGGGGAUGUUUAGUGUUUCUGUAUUGCAGUCUAUUAUUUGUUAGUGAAAUGUCUUUCAGCUAUUGCAUAGCAUGGAAGAAUAGUGGUCAUUCAUUUUUAAAAAAGAAAAAAAAAUGUAAGCCUGGUUUAACUUUGUUUGACCUGACAAAGGUUGGCCAGGAGGAUUGAAUUGCCCCCUUGAUGGUCAACUAGUAUUUUCUUGCAACUAAAAUAAAAAACAGCAUAAUGGCUAGACACUGUUACAGAUCUGCAUGGUCCACAAUCUACCCUUCACCACUGAGCCCUGUGUACACAUAAAUACCUGUGCAAGCCACUUUCUGUCUGCCUUGCUUAUAUGCUCAAUGUUUGUAUUGCAUCUGUGGUUCCCUAAAAGCUCAAGAUUGUCUCCUUGCUUGAGAGCAUCAUUUUUGCUAUUUUCACAACUGAUAAAGAUUCGUAAAGUGAGUGUGUAGAGACUUGGCAAAAUCGUGCUGGCCUCACAUUACUUUGUUUUACAAUACUGUGUGUGCACUGUGUGGGGUUGUGAAACUACAGUAGUUUAUUUAGGGUUUCCACAACAAAAUUUCAGCAUUAUCAUUAUCUUGACCAAAGGAAGAUUUUCCAGCAUUCUAAGGAAAUAUAUAAUGACUUAGUAUUAUUUUAGUGCCACACAUCACAUAAUGUGAAUAGAAUACUAUUAACAUGAAAAACAGUCAUAUAUUGUGUUUUUAUUUUUAUUUUUCAAAGUUUAUUAAUGAGGAGGAAACAGCAGCAAUAACAGUUUCAGCUAUAUUACUUUGGCAUGCACUGAUGUUUCUUUCGCAAAUAGGGGUUCAAGAUUUAUUAGUGGGCUGGAUCCACUAACUAUUCAAUCUCAAUAAAAAAAAAAAACAAAGUGAAUAUUAUUUAAAAUAAGCUGAAGCAAAACUUUUUUUUACUGGCUGGUGUAUAUGCAGGAAUUAAUACGCAGGAGGUAUAUUUUGCAUCUUUUACCGGCUUCAUUUUUGGGAGGGGGGUUAAUACAGUGUUUGAAAUAUUUAUUGAGGUAUAGCAGGUGCCAUGGACCAGAUGAAAAUGAAUGAAACUGCUGAUACUGUAUUGUGUCAAUGUGCACAGUAUACUGAUUAUAUAUCACUGCUAACACUUCAGCAUUUCUGAUUAAUUUGGAUGAUGGGGCAAUGUCAAAUGAAGCUCAUUUGGUGUGUUGAAAUGUUAUUUUUUUUGGGCGGGUCAGCCAUCACCAAAUCUAGAGAAUAAACAACAGUAAUGUGAGACACAUAUUUACUGGCUAAUUUGUGGUCAUCCUACUGUGAGUUUGUGAGA